UGAAAAAUAAACAGUAAACAUGGAAACAAUCAAUUGAUUGAUGUGCAUCACUUUUAACUGUCAAAUUGAGGUCAAAUUUUUUCCUCUCUCUAUCUCUAAUUGUAACAAUUUAAUCAUAACAAUGAAAGUGAUAGCUAAUGAUUAAUUUAGUCUCAAAUGAAUGAUCAUCUUAAAAGUUAGGCUUACCCAUUGAUAAAACAAUGUGACAUUUUAUCUGUAUAUAAAAAAAAGGUAAAUCACAAUCAAGCAACUCAAUUAACGAAAUGAGAUAAUAAAUCAUUGGAAAACAAUAGAGAUCACAAACUAAAUUAACAAUUACAAUGAUCAAAAAUAAUAACGAUUGUUCAGAUUUAAUCAUAAUGGUGAAAUAGACAAUAAUAGUAAUCAUAAUCAUCAUCAUAAUGGUAGGAUAGUUAGUUAACUGUAAUAAAUUUUUUCCUUUCUUGUUGAUUGUUAGUUACAAUUAAACUUUUAUUACUACCUAAACCCUUCAAUGUAUUAAUUAAACGGUUCAAUGUUAAUUGAUUUUUCUGAUCACGACUGUUAAUUGUUACCUAAAUAAUACAUAUGUGAAUAAACUGCUAGAAAAGUGAAUUACAAUUAGCAUUUGAUUAUUAAUAUGAUUGAACUUUUUUCAAUCUCAUUAACAGAAAUUUCUAUUGAUUUUAUCUUGAAUUUAAUUUCUCUCUCUCUCUCUCUCUCUCUCAUUCUUGUUUUCUAAUCACUUUUAAUCCAGUUCCUUAUACACGGAUUGCCGGAUCAGGAAAUGAUAUAAUCGUUUCAGCUGGAUCAACAAUUAACUUAACAUGUAUUAUAUCACAAUCACCUAAUCCACCUUCAUAUGUUUUCUGGUAUCACAAUGAUCGCAUGAUUAACUAUGAUCUUAAUAAUGAAGGAUUAGGUCAGGUUAGCCUGAUUAAAGAUCCUAUUCAAAGUGAUACCUUAAUCUCACGAUUAACCCUGAGAAAUGCUCGUUACAAUAGUUCAGGUAAUUAUACCUGUGCACCAUUUAAUAUUGAACCUUCUUCCAUAUUUUUACACGUUCUCCAAGGUGCGAAGCAACUUUCCCAUAAUUGGCCUCAAAAUGACGAAGGAAGCUCAACAGAAUUCACAAGUUCCAAUGACGGGCAAUCUAAUUAUAAAAUGUUUACAAAAUUUUUCCCUUUCAAAUCAUCUUCAUCUUCAUCAUCAUGUUUAUCAUUUUCACCUCCAUUUAUCUCUACCUGUUCCAUGGUAACAUCUAAUUUCACAACGAUGUUUAAGUUUUUUAUACUUGUAUUAGCAGCGAUACUGAAUAACCAAUUAAUGUACAGUUUUAUCACAUGAGAAUAUCCUGAAAUCCGAUUAAGGUGUAUUAAUGAUAGCAGAAAUGUUUCAGUUUUUCAAAUUCUCAGAACGAAAAAAUAAAAAAAAAAUAAAUGGUUGAUGAAGUAUUAAUAAUAAUAAUAAAUAUCGCAAAUAAUUUGAUCAGAUAUUCAUAUUGACAACAAUUUAAACACAAA